UUUAAAGUGGUGCAAGGCAAGGUUCAAAUCAAAAAUGAAACUUAAUUUUUAGCUGAUGUGUGGUUAAAGGAUGCUUUUUAAACAUUAUGAAUAAUUAAUGGUCAUUUCAAAAACAUGGUAGUGAUUCAAUCUCUAAGAGAUACUUUGCAAGCACUACCAGAAAAAACUGUAUUUACUUUACCUACAAUAACAAAAGUGAUUUCUUUGAAACUCGAAUACAGAGUGGGAGAUGCAAACACAACAAUUUAUAAUGGACCAGACCCAAAAUUACCAUUUGCUAAUUCUGAGCUAUUUUAUGCUACAAUUUCUCAAUCAAGGAGGUUGACUGCUUGUGAUCAAGGAUGCAAAGAUGUUUAUGAAAUCACUUUUGAUGUGAAGGAUAGUAAUUUCACUUUCAAGGCUGGUGAUACAAUAGGUAUCAUUCCUAAAAACGCACAAAUCGAAGUGGACUUUAUUUUAAACCAUUUAAGUCUUACUUCACAAGCAGAUUUACCUUACACGUUGCUUUUAGGGAAUAAAGAAAGUAAAAUACCAACACAUGUACCUGUUAAAUCAACGUUGAGACAAGUGUUGACUGAUUGUUUGGAUCUUCGGUGUUUGCUUAAAAAGUUGUUCCUGUUAGCGAUAUCGAGAUAUACAAAAGAAGAUAACGAAAGACAAGUACUCGAAUAUUUAAGCAGCAAGGAAGGAUCUACAGCAUAUAAAACUCACAUAUUAAACAAACAAAUAAACAUUUUGGAUAUAUUCACAAUGUUCCCAUCCUGCAAGCCACCAAUAGAAGUAUUAUUAUCCUAUUUACCGAAGCUACUGCCUAGACCAUAUUCUAUAGUCAAUUCAUAUUUAGAAGACAGUAAUGUAAUUAAAAUUUGCUUCUCCGUAAUGAAUUUAGGAAAUAACAGAAGAGGUCUAACAACUGGUUGGUUGGAAGAUCACAUUUUGAACAAAAACAUCAAUCUGGAGCAUAGUCUAAAUGAUUUAUGUUUAACAGACCAUAAACAGAGAAGUGAGUUCAAGGUGCCUAUUUAUAUGAGGAAGAAUAUUUCCGGGUUCAGUUUGUCUGAAAAUUUAGAAACUCCAUUGAUAUUCAUUGGUCCCGGUACUGGAGUAGCUCCCUUUAUAGGAUUUUUACAAGAAAUAGAGUAUGCAAAGAAGAAGAAUUCUAAAGGAAAGUUUGGUACAGUCGACCUGUUUUUCGGAUGCAGGAAUCCCGAAUUAGAUUUUAUCUACGAGAAGGAACUAAAACGAUUUUUGUCACGGAACGUAUUGAAUAGUUUGAAUGUAUCUUUUUCGAGAGUUGAUAACAAUGAGGUCAAAUAUGUUCAGGAUGCUGUUAUGAAUGAAGGAGAAAAGAUAGCUCAGUUAAUAAAAGAUGGAGCAAAUAUAUUUGUUUGCGGAGAUGUUAGAACGAUAGCAGAACAAAUAAAAGAUGUCUUAAUUAAAUGCCUUACUAAAUAUGAUAAUUGUUUAGAGGAUCAUGAGAAAUAUAUAGUGCAGAUGGAGAAAGACAGAAGAUAUAUUGUGGAUGCUUGGUGUUAAUGAAGAAAAAAUUUCAAAGUAAAUAAACAUACAAUUUCAA